AUGACGUGGUCUGAAAGAGAUGCUGGUAUUUUCAGCCUUCAGUACUAUAGGCAGCCGCACGUAAAUAUCAAGACACUGACAGAUGAUAUGUUAGAUAGAUUUGCCAGUAUAAGGAUUCCAAGGAGUAAAAAAGAAAGACCUCCUCUGUCGCAUAUGAAGCAGUCACAUUCAACAGAUUGGUCAUCCACACCUAUGGAUCCUGAGGAGUUUGCUCCAAAGCCCCUGUCGGAAAGAGAGAUCAUAGCACUGUUUGAAAAAAUGAUGGAAGAUAUGAAUUUAAAUGAAGACAAGAAGAUGCCGUUGAGAGAAAAGGAUUUUAACACCAAAAAAGAAAUGGUGAUGCAAUAUAUUAGCACUGCUUCAAAGUCGGGAAGUCUCAAGAACAGUAGGAAGAUUUCACCCCAAGAAUUUAUUCAGGAAUUAAAAUCUGGGUCAACAGAUGAAAGACUAGUCACUUGCUUAGAAUCCCUCCGUGUGUCCUUGACUAGUAAUCCUGUCAGCUGGGUUGAAAACUUUGGCCGAGAAGGUCUGGGACUGUUGUUGGAUGUUUUGGAAAGAUUGGUUGAGACAAAAAAUCAGGACAGAAUUGUGAAGAGGAGUCAGCAUAAGGUUAUACAGUGUUUGAGAGCCUUCAUGAAUAAUAAGUAUGGAUUGGAAAGAAUUUUGGGAGAAGAGAGGAGCCUUUUGUUGCUGACCAAAGCAAUUGAUCCUAAGCAAACUAACAUGAUGACGGAUAUAGUUAAACUCCUUUCUGCAAUGUGCAUUGUUGGAGAGGAAAACAUCCUUGAAAAAAUUUUGGAAGCUGUAACAGCAGCAGCAGAGGAAAGGAAUGUCGAUAGAUUUUCUCCUAUUGUAGAAGGUCUUCAGGAUAACUCUGUUCAGCUGCAA